CGCGGCGCCGGGCCGCUCUCCCGAAGCUCGGGAGGGGGCUAGACCGGUCCGCGGGCGCGCCAGGCUACGAGGCCGAAGCUGGGGCCCGGGCGGGGACGGCGGCGGCGGCGGCGGCGACGCCGGGUGGGGAUGGGGUCGCAGACGCUGCAGAUCCUCCGGCAGGGGGUGUGGGCCGCGCUCAGCGGCGGCUGGUACUACGACCCGCACCAGGCCACCUUCGUCAACGCGCUCCACCUCUACCUGUGGCUCUUUCUGCUCGGCCUGCCCUUCACGCUUUACAUGGCCCUUCCUUCUUCGAUGAUUAUAGUAGCAGUUUACUGUCCCAUAGUAGCUGCUGUUUUCAUUGUUCUGAAGAUGGUCAACUAUCGACUACACAGAGCACUUGAUGCUGGAGAAAUUGUAGACCGGCGCGCUAAUGAGUUUGCAGAUCAGCGAGCCAAAGCUGAGCAAGGCAACUGUUCAACAAGGCGGAAAGACAGCAAUGGCCCAAGCGAUCCUGGUGGAGGGAUUGAGAUGUCAGAAUUUAUUCGAGAGGCCACACCUCCUGUCGGUUGCAGUUCAAGAAAUUCUUAUGCUGGGUUAGACCCAAGCAACCAGAUUGGAUCUGGAUCCUCUCGACUUGGAACAGCAGCAACUAUUAAAGGAGAUACGGACACUGCUAAGACUUCCGAUGAUAUAAGUUUAAGUCUGGGCCAGAGCUCUAGUCUUUGUAAAGAAGGAAGUGAAGAGCAAGAUUUGGCGACUGAUCGCAAGCUCUUCCGCCUGGUCUCCAAUGACUCCUUCAUUUCUAUUCAGCCGUCCCUGUCCUCUUGUGGACAGGACUUGCCAAGGGACUUCAGUGACAAAGUGAGCCUGCCAAGUCAUAGCCAGCACCACCACGUUGACCAGUCACUUUCCAGUGCCUGUGACACAGAAGUAGCUUCACUUGUACCCUUACAUUCACACUCGUACAGGAAAGAGCACCGGCCCAGAGGAGUGCCGCGGACCUCCAGCUCCGCCGUGGCGUUUCCAGACGCGUCACUGAAUGACUUUCCUCUUUACCAGCAGAGACGGGGCUUGGACCCGGUGAGUGAGUUAGACUCGACUAAGCCGCCCUCGGGCUCCAGAGAGUCCUUAGUGGAAAAGUCCUGCCCACCCGCAGAGUUUCAGCCUGCUGGCGACCUGAAGAAAAGUAAUUCCCAGCCACCCACAAAGUGUGGGAGGAGCAGAGCACUGAAUGCAGAAAAAAGCGUGGACAGCCUGAGGAGCCUGAGCACACGGAGUAGCGGGUCCACCGAGAGCUACUGCAGUGGGACCGACAGGGACACCAACAGCACUCUGAGCAGCUAUAAGAGUGAGCAGACCAGCUCCACGCACAUCGAGAGCAUCCUGUCUGAGCAUGAGGAGUCUCCUAAAGCGAGAAAGAAGAGUGCCCGGAAGAAAGAGAGCCGUGCUGACUCAGCGGAGGAAAGGCGCCACGGUGCCGGCGACCAAAGGACUAGCAGUGACACGACUGCCCCAGAAGGGAGUACACCUGGUGGGCCUCCAGAGGCCCCAGACGCUCAGGCAUCUGAGGAGAAGCCUGACCAGGUUGCCCCCAGCAGCUCUGCAUCAGAAGAUGCCAAUAAAAACCCCCAUGCGAAUGAGUUCACUGUCCCUGGGGACAGCCCGCCGGAGCAGAGUGCGGAGAGCAAAGAGGAGCCGGGUGAGAAGCCCAGCCUUUCCACAGACUCCAAAGUUUGUAAAGAGGACAGUGGGAAGCAGAAGGAAGGAGACGUCCGACCCAAAUCCUCCAGCUUAAUCCACCGGACGACAUCCACCCACAAGCCAGGCAGACGGCGCACAGGAAAGAAACGGGCCAGCAGUUUUGACUCGAGUCGCCACAGGGACUACGUUUCCUUUCGAGGAGUGUCUGGAACCAAGCCGCACAGCGCUGUAUUUUGUCAUGAUGAGGACUCUAGUGAUCAGAGCGACCUGAGCAGAGCACCGAGUAUUCAUUCCGCUCACCAGUUCAGCAGUGAUAGCUCUUUCAGCGCCACUUCUCAUUCGUGCCAGUCUCCUGAGGGCAAAUACAGUGCCCUCAAGACCAAACAUGGCCAUAAGGACCGGGGCACAGACUCAGACCACACGCACAGAGCUCACCCUGAGGGAACUGCCAAAAAGAGGGCCACUCGAAGGACUUCCAGCACAAACAGCGCUAAGACGCGGGCUCGGGUGCUGAGCUUGGACAGUGGCACUGUGGCCUGUUUGAAUGACUCAAAUAGGCUGCUGGCACCAGAAAGUAUAAAGCCCUUAACCACUUCAAAGUCAGAUCUUGAGGCCAAAGAGGGAGAGGUGCUGGAUGAGCUGUCCUUGCUGGGCCGGGCUUCCCAGUUAGAGACAGUUACUCGGUCUAGGAAUAGUUUGCCAAGCCAGGUUGCAUUUCCUGAAGGGGAAGAGCAAGAUGCAACCUCUGGAGCAGCACAGGCCAGCGAGGAGGCAGUGGCCUUUCGCCGUGAACGCAGCACUUUUAGGCGCCAGGCAGUACGGCGCCGGCACAAUGCAGGGAGUAACCCCACCCCUCCUACCUUGCUCAUCGGAUCGCCCCUCAGCCUUCAAGAUGGUCAGCAAGGCCAGCAGUCCACAGCCCAGGUCAAAGUGCAGUCCCGCCCCCCAUCCCAGGCUCCAGUGCUCAGUGCUAGUGCCUCCUUGCUGGUGAGAAAAGGGAGUGUCCACUUAGAAGCCUCACAUGACCAUGCAUCUGCUGUAGGCGGUAGCAGUUUGCACGAUGAACUUGGUAAGUUCUCAUCUACGCUCUAUGAGACGGGUGGCUGUGACAUGUCACUUGUGAAUUUCGAGCCAGCAGCAAGAAGAGCGUCCAAUAUCUGUGACACGGACUCUCAUGUAUCAAGUUCUACCUCAGUUCGGUUUUAUCCACAUGACAUGCUUUCUCUCCCACAGAUUCGGUUGAAUAGACUGUUGACCAUUGACACAGAUCUGUUGGAGCAGCAGGACAUUGAUCUAAGCCCUGACUUGGCAGCCACUUAUGGCCCCACAGAAGAAGCUGCCCAGAAGGUGAAACACUACUACCGCUUUUGGAUCCUCCCCCAGCUCUGGAUUGGCAUUAACUUUGACAGACUCACUCUUCUGGCACUGUUUGAUAGAAACCGUGAGAUCCUGGAGAAUAUAUUAGCUGUCGUCCUGGCUAUUCUUGUGGCUUUUUUGGGAUCCAUUCUUCUCAUCCAAGGCUUCUUCCGGGACAUCUGGGUGUUCCAGUUCUGCCUGGUGAUAGCUAGUUGCCAGUACUCACUGCUCAAGAGUGUUCAACCUGAUUCUUCCUCUCCCAGACAUGGUCAUAACCGUAUCAUUGCCUACAGUAGGCCAGUUUACUUCUGUUUAUGCUGUGGUCUCAUUUGGCUGUUGGAUUAUGGCAGCAGAAACCUAACUACAAGCAAGUUCAAAUUAUAUGGAAUAACUUUCACCAAUCCACUGGUGCUUCUGUCAGCCAGGGAUUUGGUUAUCGUGUUUACACUCUGUUUCCCAAUAGUAUUUUUCAUUGGUCUCCUGCCUCAGGUGAACACAUUUGUAAUGUACCUUUGUGAACAAUUGGAUAUCCAUAUCUUUGGUGGAAAUGCUACCACCAGCCUGCUGGCCGCGCUGUACAGUUUCCUCUGCAGCAUUGUGGCUGUCGCCUUGCUCUAUGGGUUGUGCUACGGAGCUUUAAAGGACUCAUGGGAUGGCCAGCACAUUCCGGUACUUUUCUCUGUUUUUUGCGGAUUGUUAGUGGCAGUGUCCUAUCAUCUCAGCCGACAAAGCAGCGACCCAUCUGUACUCUUCUCUUUGAUGCAAUCCAAGAUUUUUCCAAAAACUGAAGAGAAGAACCCAGAAGACCCACUGUCUGAGGUGAAAGACCCGCUGCCGGAGAAGCUCAGCAACUCUGUUAGUGAGCGUUUACAGUCCGAUCUGGUGGUGUGUAUCAUUAUUGGUGUGCUGUAUUUUGCCAUCCAUGUAAGCACAGUGUUCACAGCAUUGCAGCCUGCUCUCAAGUAUGUGCUGUAUGCACUGGUUGGCUUUGUGGGGCUUGUAACCCAUUACGUGUUGCCUCAAGUAAGGAAACAGCUACCCUGGCACUGCUUCUCCCGUCCUCUGCUGAAGACGGCGGAGCACAGUCAGUAUGAAGUCCGAAAUGCAGCCACUAUGAUGUGGUUUGAGAAACUUCAUGUGUGGCUUCUUUUUGUGGAGAAGAAUAUCAUCUAUCCACUGAUCGUCCUCAAUGAACUUAGCAACAGUGCAGAGACAAUUGCCAGCCCAAAGAAACUGGAUACAGAGUUGGGAGCCUUGGUGAUCACCAUUGCUGGCCUGAAGCUGCUGCGGUCCUCCUUUAGCAGUCCCACACACCAGUACAUCACGGUCAUCUUUACUGUGCUCUUGUUCAAGUUUGACUACGAAGCCUUCUCGGAGACAAUGCUGCUGGACCUCUUCUUCAUGUCCAUCUUGUUCAGCAAGCUUUGGGAGCUCCUCUACAAGCUGCAGUUCGUGUACACCUAUGUCGCACCCUGGCAGAUCACCUGGGGCUCUGCAUUCCAUGCUUUUGCUCAGCCCUUUGCGGUGCCCCACUCGGCUAUGCUGUUCGUUCAGGCAGUGGUGUCAGCCAUUUUCUCCACGCCGCUGACCCCCUUCCUGGGCAGCGCCAUAUUCAUCACCUCGUAUGUUAGACCUGUGAGGUUCUGGGAGAGAGACUACAACACAAAGCGUGUGGACCAUUCAAAUACCAGAUUGGCUUCUCAGCUUGAUAGAAAUCCAGGAUCAGAUGACAACAAUCUGAAUUCUAUCUUCUAUGAACAUCUAACCAGAUCCCUCCAGCACAGUCUUUGUGGUGAUUUGCUGCUAGGACGAUGGGGAAACUACAGUACUGGGGACUGUUUCAUCCUUGCCUCUGACUAUCUCAAUGCAUUAGUACACCUCAUAGAGAUAGGCAAUGGCCUGGUCACUUUCCAGCUGCGGGGACUCGAAUUCAGAGGCACCUACUGUCAGCAGCGGGAAGUAGAAGCCAUCACAGAAGGUGUAGAAGAAGAUGAAGGGUUUUGCUGCUGUGAGCCUGGCCAUGUUCCUCAUGUACUUUCCUUUAAUGCUGCAUUUGGCCAGCGCUGGCUGGCUUGGGAAGUGGUUGUCACCAAGUAUAUUCUGGAGGGCUACAGCAUCACUGACAACAGUGCUGCUUCCAUGCUUCAAGUCUUUGAUCUCCGCAGAGUGCUUACCACUUACUAUGUCAAGGGCAUCAUUUAUUAUGUUACAACGUCCUCUAAGUUAGAGGAGUGGCUUGCCAACGAGACGAUGCAGGAGGGACUGCGUCUCUGUGCAGACCGAAAUUACGUUGAUGUGGACCCAACUUUCAACCCAAACAUCGACGAGGACUAUGACCAUCGGCUGGCAGGCAUAUCUCGGGAGAGUUUCUGUGUGAUUUACCUCAGCUGGAUAGAGUACUGCUCUUCCCGGAGAGCAAAGCCACUAGAUGUGGAUAAAGAUUCGUCCCUGGUGACACUUUGUUAUGGACUCUGUGUUCUGGGACGGAGAGCUUUGGGAACGGCCUCCCACCACAUGUCCAGUAACCUGGAGUCCUUCCUCUAUGGAUUGCACGCCCUGUUUAAAGGGGACUUCCGGAUUUCUUCAGUCCGAGACGAGUGGAUCUUUGCUGACAUGGAACUGCUGAGAAAAGUUGUCGUGCCUGGAAUCCGCAUGUCCAUUAAACUCCAUCAGGAUCAUUUCACUUCUCCAGAUGAGUAUGACGACCCCACUGUGCUCUAUGAAGCCAUCGUGUCUCAUGAAAAGAACCUUGUGAUAGCCCACGAAGGCGACCCUGCAUGGCGGAGUGCAGUCCUUGCCAACUCUCCCUCCCUAUUGGCUCUGCGGCACGUCAUGGACGAUGGCACCAAUGAGUACAAGAUCAUCAUGCUCAACCGCCGCUACCUGAGCUUCAGGGUCAUUAAGGUGAAUAAGGAGUGUGUCCGAGGCCUCUGGGCAGGGCAGCAGCAGGAGCUUGUGUUUCUCCGGAACCGGAACCCAGAGAGAGGCAGCAUCCAGAAUGCAAAGCAGGCGCUUCGGAACAUGAUCAACUCAUCUUGUGACCAGCCUAUUGGCUACCCGAUCUUCGUGUCGCCUCUGACAACAUCCUACUCUGACACCCAUGACCAGCUCAAAGAAAUUCUUGGGGGACCAAUCAGCUUGGGAAAUAUCCGGAACUUCAUAGUGUCCACCUGGCACAGGCUAAGGAAAGGUUGUGGAGCUGGCUGCAACAGCGGUGGCAAUAUUGAAGAUUCUGACACUGGAGGUGGGACUUCCUGUCCGGGUAACAAUACAACCACUGCCGGUGAUCCCCACGGCAAUGUGUCCCAGGGAAGCACUGGAAACCCAGGACAGGGAACAGGAUCUGGACUCCACCCGCCCACCACACCGUAUCCUCCAACAUUAGGCACCAGCCACAGCGCCCACUCAGUGCAGUCCAGCCUGGUUAGACAGUCCCCAGCUCGGGCCUCCAUGGCCAGCCAGUCUUCCUAUUGCUACAGCAGCCGCCAUUCGUCCCUCCGGAUGUCCACCACGGGCUUUGUGCCAUGUCGGCGCUCCUCCACCAGCCAGAUAUCACUUCGAAACUUGCCGUCAUCCAUCCAGUCCCGCCUCUCCAUGGUGAACCAGAUGGAAGCCGCCAGCCAGGGCAUGGGCUGUGUGCAGCACGGCCUGCCCUCCUCCAGCAGCUCGAGCCAAAGCAUCCCGGCCUGCAAGCAUCACACCCUUGUAGGCUUUCUUGGAGCCGAGGGUGGUCAGAGCGGUACCACUGAGGCCCAGCCAGGCAACAGUUUAAGUCCUGCCAACAUUUCACAUGCCAGAAAGGGGGAAGUCGUUUACAGAGUCCAGAUUGUGGAUCUCAGUCAGAUUCUCGAAGGGAUUAACCUGUCGAAAAGGAAAGAGCUGCAGUGGCCUGAUGAAGGAAUUCGGUUAAAAGCUGGGAGGAACAGCUGGAAAGACUGGAGUCCUCAGGAGGGCAUGGAAGGCCACGUGAUUCACCGAUGGGUGCCUUGCAGCAGAGACCCAGGUACCAGGUCCCACAUCGACAAGACAGUGCUUCUGGUCCAGAUUGACGAUAAAUACGUGACUAUAAUUGAAACUGGGGUACUAGAACUGGGGGCAGAAGUGUGAGCCCACGUUGCGCACCCGCGUCCCUUUCUCUGGCUUCCCAGCCCUUGGAGAGAAAGCAAGGUUGCUGAAGAUCCGCCUACGGGGAGGCCUGCACUUCACAGCAAAGCUUGAACAGUGGCUUGGCUAAGCGCCUCUCUGCCCUGACUUUUGUCACUGUCUCCAUCCCCAAAUAAAGCUGAAAUAUUUUUUUAAGUUAGCUGCAUGAAAGGCAAAGUUGUCUGUCAGAGCCUGUUUAGGAAAGGCUCUCUAUGCAUUUACGCUUUGACCCACGGACUCUUGCCUCUAACUCUAAGCUCAUAUUUUUCUAAUUUCUUUGCCAAAAACAGUUGCCAUGGUUUUUUUGUUGUAGAAAAUGAAAUCCAUUGACCAUGAUUUUUGCAGACAGACCCACGUGGAAGCAUUCAGCUCGACAUAUAACAGUAUGAAAGUUUAAUGUACAGUGAGAAAAGAUGAUGCAUAGAUGUAGGUUUAUCUUAUUCCAUGAACGCUAAAAACUUUAAUGAAAACAAACUGCACUAAUUUUUUACAGCAAUGCACUAAAUCUGAGAUUUCUCAGAACAUUUAUUUAUAUAUAAAAAUAAAUACCAUUAUUUAAAUUGCCUUCAGGAUUAGCCCCUCCCUUUCCUGACACACGUAGCCAGCAGGACCUGCUGCUCCUUUUCUGUCAGUGCACUGCACUGUGGAGCCGCUCCUAGCUUCAUCCCUGCCGUUUCCCAGCCCUGGGGACCAGUGGAUCCUCCUGGCCAACGCCACUGCCAGCUGCCCCGUCACGUCUCCAGUGUGCCGCGUUUCUUCAGCGGGUGGCAGGCCCUGUCGAGGUUGCCUCUGGAACACGCUUUUGCUCUUCAAGAAGAUGAAGGCCCAGGAACUCAAGAGAGGAUCAGUUACCUCCUGUCUGAAGAGUUCCUAGCUCUUGACGUUUAUUCACAUGAAGUUCAGUUUCUCAAGUAAAAUUUUUUCAAACAAAAUUGUCAUGUGGUGCGGUCCCUAUUCUGUCGUCUUCAGCUUUGCACUCUGCUCCUUCCUGUUCUCUUUCUAUCACUUGAAAUUAUUUCCUGUAAUUUAUGGUGUAUUCCUGUCUUAAAAUAUUUAUAACUGUGAAAUUGACUCAAUUCAUAUGUUGUCCCAUAAAUUAUAUUGUUUCUUUAAAGAGCAUGUAUUCAGGGAAAUAUGUACCUUGGAUUUACGGCGCGGCUGCAUGCAAACUGCAGUUUAGGUUUCACUUGCAACUUCAAGCUUUUUUUUUGUGUUUAAUGCUUAAGAUUCCCUUUGUUCUAAACUCCAAAGAAAAUUGCCAGUCUCCUCUAGCACCUGGGAACAGCUGUCUGUCUCCACGUGGACAGACCCCAGAAAGAAGCAGGUCAGUCCAUUUUGAUGCUUUGUGAUUAAUCUGUCCGAGCUGUGACCGUUCCAUUGUGUGGCACUGGCCACUUUACCCGGUGGCUUCUGUGUUAGGCCACCUUGGUGGAGUGUCUUCUGAGGUGAGAGGAGAGAGCUGUUGUUCCCACUGGCUGGGGUACAGGUGUCACCGUGCGUCCUGACACUACAGGAAACAGGAGCGCUGGCAGCAGCAGACAGGAGUCUCUCCACAGUGAUACUUCAAACCCUGUUUGUUUUCCCUGUAUUGUUUUUAAAUCUGUGUUCAGAACCCAAUGUGCCUUGUAUUGACGUUUCCAUAGACUUCAAACUUUGCAGACUUUAUUGUUUAAAAAUAUUUGACUUACUGAACCUUUACAAAGGAGCCCUUCUCUUUCUAAAUUGACCACUUUAAAGUGUAUCCCCCCCCCCCCCGCUGUUACUGUAUUCCCUUCGCCAUUUUGAACAACUCCGUGCUUCGCGGUGUGCUCAGUGGUGGAUGUUCUUUCUGAAGCUAAAUACCUAAUCUGUUUGUCUGUGUUUGAAACUCCCUAGAGGAAUUGUGCGCCCUGCUGCUUGUCUGUUCCCUGCUCAAAAUGAGUUUGAUCUUGUCAUGGCCGCUCCUAGGUGGAGAAGUAAGUGGAGGGUUGGCAUUCUAAGAUAGAAGAGCAUCUAUCUUGCACAGAGAAAGAGGCAGAAGAUGAAUCGGAGGGUCAGAAUUCUGUCCCUGCCUAGUCCCCCAAUAACUAUUAGAUGUUAUAUGCUCCGAAAGUAAAGAUUCCCCCCUUAAGAUGGAUUCUGUAUGGAACAUGUAUAGGGAGUCUGAAUUUGGGAGAGUUGAACAUUUUUCUUGGGACAAAGUCGCUGUUUGUUACCAUAUAGCUUUAUUAAAUUUAUAAAUUAGGAACCCUAAGAGAAUUUUGUUUUUAGUUUUUUAAUCUGAAACUGAUGACCUAAAAAAAAAAAAUACUUUUCUAAUUACAGCAGGAAAGAUAAUGAUAAUUAAAGAUUUGUGUUUUAAGAUUCAAUUUAUCAGGUUUUUUUUUCUCCCAGUACGUACCUGGAUAGCAAGCUGGUAUUUUAGACUUUCUGCUUAGACUUUCUCACUAAAGUACAGAACUCUAGCAUACCUCAGUGCAUUAGUCCCUAACUGCCAAAACUUCAGAGUUCCUUAAUUUUGCAAGUAAUUAAAAACAAACUGUGUAUUUCCUUAGGUAGUUGUAUGACUGAAGUCUCUGUUUUUCUUCUUCAGUUUUCUUCUUUAUCUUGCCCCAUUUUGAGAUGAUAAUACUGGAAUGGCCUUAUCAUCUUCUUCAGUGACAAACAAACAAACCUUCUGUAGCCCUACACUAAGGUUUUGGUGAGUCUUUCAGCCCAUAUCUUGGUGGGAACUCUUUUUUUUUUUAACACCAUUUUUAAGGGCCAAUAAAACUUUGCAAGUGGACUUUCUGCUAACCAGCUUUCCUCUCUCCACAAAUCUAGAUUAACUCACAGCCGUGCUGCUCUUGGGACUCAGGAGGUUAGAGAUGAGGUGGGAUGAGGUGGGACGGAAGCUUUACAAGGAAACCUCUACUAGAUUGGAGGUGUUUUGAAAACACUUUCAAGUUAUAUUGAUAAUCCUUCAGGUCCUUGAACCAGAAAUAAAAGACAAUAUUUCUCUCUUGAAAGGCACAUAGAAAAUGACUCUGGGUACCGAAUGUCAAUCAGUGCACACACGAAUUCGUAUAUAGGAAACCAUAGCUCUCAUUAAGAACUCUUUCUGGGUUAGUUAGUUUUUCUAUCUCCUAUCACAUUUGAGCAAAGGACUCAUUGCCUUUUUAAACUCUGUUUAAUUUCCUACCAGCGUCCUUCUGCCUCCACCUAGAACCCCCCUGAUGGGUCACUGUCUUGAGUCAUUUAUCAGAAACUGAGUCUUUACUAUUUUCCCACUGUCUAAAACUGUCUCUUUCUAAAUAAAUUUCAUUUAGCCUUUGUUCUAUAUAUGUGACCUGAAAAAAAAAAGUGUUACGUGAGAAUUCUUUGAAUUUCUGUUUACCAGCUACUAAAGUAUAAACUGCUGUUGAGCAUAUUAAUUUCAUAUUUUAAGCACUUUUUCAUUAAUAUAAGCAAAUUUAUUUCUGGAUUUUUGUUUUUAAGUCAUCAGUAUUCGUCAUCUCUCUUGUAAUUGGACAGAGAUCCAUUUAACUUCUUCAUGUGAGAUGAUAUAUUGUUCAGAUGAGUCCUUUCUCCUAGAGGCAUUUUCUUUAACUCCAAGAUGAGUGGAGACUCGGUUAAAGCUUAAUUUAAAAUGGUGCAUGGAGCCUGUUGUUGGCCUUUGAACUUUCUGUUUCAGUCGUAGGUGGAUAUUGAGUUUUCCUGAUGAGAAGAAAGAGGUAUAUCAGAUACCACAGUGUAUUUAGGUGAUAGGAAUUUUAAUAUGUUGGAUGCGUAGGCAUUUUUAAGUAUUUGGAAACCAGCCCUUCAUUUCUUUUUUAAAAUCAUGUAGUUGAUGGACACGGAGGCUGUCUCGUUUGAAACUUAUUAGCUAUUCACAAGCUGUAAUCAUCAAAUGGGUCUGGAAGGAUCUAGCUUUGCUUGAAUGCAGAGGUCUAUUUUCUGAGAUGAGUCACCUCCUGGAGUCAAGAACUGUGCUGAGAAUUUCUCUUUCCUGCCUGGAAACCAGAUGCUCCUCCGGAAGCCGGCCGUCCUGAUGUGCCACUUUGUGGACUCAGCAUAGACUUAUCCAGGGAACUCAAGCCGAUGGUCACACAGGGUCACACACAGCUUUGGUAUCAUACUUAUACCUAUUAUAUAGGCUCUGGCUUUCUUAUGCUUCAGCUCUGUACCUGACAAGUUGUGAUUCACUGGAACCAAUAAGAGGACAGAGGUGCCCUGGCGGGUGGUGGGGAUAAGUCCAUGUUGCCUGCACAAUAGAGGAUGAGGUGGCUGCUCCAGGUGGCUCGGGUUUGGUGAGCUUGUCUUUAAAACAAAUUUCUUUGUAUUAGAAGCUUGAGACUACAACCAAAACAACAGACAUGGGCCUGUGCUUUUUUUUUAAAGCUAGAGUCGCAGUAAGUUGUCAGCAUUGGUUGGUAACUCUGUACAAGUCUGGCAGCGAGCUCUGCAUGAGGAAAAGGAAGGAGGAAUGUUAGAAAGGGUUGCAGGAAGUGGGCCUGUGGAAGGAGGGUGGCUUCCCCUUUUCUGAUCAUGGGCUCUGAAAGAUCGUUGCCUUUACCAGCAUUCAGUAUAUACCAGAGAGAAGGAUCUGUGUCCUUGCGCGUGUCUGUGAGAGUGUGUGAGUGCUACUGUAAACAGCUUGUAAAUACUGUAGUUGUUUAAAAUGGAAAAUAAAAGCUGAGAGGUCUUUUGACAUAUAUUGAUCAGGAAAAAAUAGAGAAUAUUGACAAUGGAUUAAAAACAGGAAAUAAAUUUUUUUCAUUUU